AUGGGGUGCUGCCCCGGGGACUGCUUCGGCUGCUGCCCUCAAGAGGAAAAUUGCUGUGAAAUGUGCUGCUGUCAGCCCUCCUGCUGCGGCUGCUGCGGGUCCUGCUGCGGAUCUUGCUGUGGUUGCGGAGGUUCAGGCUGCGGAGGCUCGGGCUGCGGAGGCUCGGGCUGCGGAGGCGGAGGCAGCUGUUGCGGGUCUUCCUGCUGCGGCGGAUCUGGCUGCGGGGGAGGUGGCUGCGGGGGCGGUUGCUGCGGGAGCUGCUGCGGAUCCGGUUGCUGCGGCUCCACUGGGUGCUGCGGCCCUGUUUGCUGCCAGCCCACCCCUGUCUGCGACACGAAAUGAGGACCUCUCCCUCCCGCCUCGCGAGGGGGUCUCGGGGAAAGCCGCCAUCUACUCCAGGUGGAGACCCGGGGUCUCCAGGACCUUUCAAGGCUGUGUCCUGUCUCCCGUUUUAUUUGUAGAGGAGGCUUGUUCUCCUAUGCCCGCCCUAGCGU